AUCUACCCUUCGCAAAACGUCUACGCGCCGGCCAAUCAGCUCAGAGUCCUACGGACUCUUGUAAAGAUGGCGACGGUGGUCAACAGAGGAGUAAAGGCUGGACGCUUUACUGUUAUUAAACACCGCUGGUUCCGACAACGUACGAAUUGACCCAGCAGCGGGAGCGAAAUUUAUCCAACCCAUUUUGUCAGCGGCACUCAGUCGUUCGGCGCUGCGUGCAGUCGCCGCGAGCCUGGUUGCUUUUGUUUUUCGUGUUAUGGAUUGUCGUUGCCUCUGUUAGCUCACUAGCCCCAACUCCGAAAGCGAAGGCUAGCUCCGGGGCUAACUAACGUUAGCUGAGUAGCGCCAUCGGCUGCCGGGGACUAACGUACGGCAUUCAUGGAUUCACAGACCGACCCGUGAGAACACCGGACUGCCUGCGCAUAAGUUUCCUUUUUUUUCCCUCUCCUUUUUUUCCUUUUACAGAAAACAACGCCCAUGACUCGUUUGGAAUACAAAUAAAUAAAAACCCUCGGGGUGAAACACCGGGUACCGACGAUCCGGCCAUUGCGACACCGCUCGUUGUGUCCGUCAUGUAUUUUCUAACCGGCUGGCCCCGGCGGCUGCUCUGUCCGCUGAGGAGCCAAGAGGAGCCCUUCCACAUCCGACCCAGCUCCCAGAGGUUCUACUUCGCCGUGCUGUCAGAGACCCAGCUCAGCAUCUGGUUCAGCCGGCCCAGUGUUUUGAUAGUCAGCUACAUUGAGUCUGCGAAGGCGGCCGCCCAGUUUGGCGUCUACCAGAAGGCCGAAUGGAAACCAGACGACUCUAUGAUCGCUGUGGCGACUGCCAAAGGCUACAUCCUCUUGUUUGACGUGCUGGGCGGAGGGGACGGCAAGUCCCUCUAUGAGCCGGUCUAUCCAAGAGGAAGUCCUCGUGUGAGGGUUACCCCGGGUUACAAGGAGGAGCAGUGUGCCCCCGCUUUGUCUUUGGAGAUGAAGAAGCCUGUGGAUCUGGAGGCCCCUAUAACCAGUCUGCAGUCCCUUCAGGAGGACCUGCUGGUCUGCACCGCAGACGGCUAUCUCCACGUGCUGCACUGGGACGGGCUGGGCAGCAACGGACGCAAGGCCGUCUGCCUCACCACAAUCCCCUUCUCGCUAGACCUGCAGUCGGCUCGAGGUGGUCCCUCUCUAGACCUGGAAGGAGUGCACAUCUGUUGUAUGGAGUAUUGUGUAACCCUGGACGGCUUUGCUGCGGUGCUGAGUGACGGACGCCUGGGCUUCAUCACACCGCUCAGCAACACCAUCACCACGGAUCAGCUGCAGGGCGUCUGGGCAGCAGAUGUGAACGAUGGCACCUGUGUGGCCGUCAACAACAAGUACAGACUGAUGGCCUUUGGCUGUGCCAGCGGCUCAGUGCUGGUGUACAUGAUAGACAGCACGACGGGAUCCAUGCAGCUCUCUCACAAACUGGAGCUCACCCCGAAACACUUCCCAGACGUCUACAACAAGACGGGCCCGGUCAAGCUAAUCUGCUGGUCACCUGACUACAGUGUUGCCAUGGUUACAUGGGAGUGUGGCGGCCUGUCGUUGUGGAGUGUCUUUGGAGCUCACCUCAUCUGCACUCUGGGAGAGGACUUUGCGUAUCGUUCUGAUGGUACCAAGAAGGACCCUGUUAAAAUCAGCUCUAUGAGCUGGGGAGCAGAGGGCUACCACCUAUGGGUGCUCCCUAACAAACAGGAGAGGCAAGGGAAGGAGGAGGAGGAGGAGCAGCAGCAGGUGGAGGAGGAGGAGGAGAAGGAGGAGGAGAUGGCCUCACCUCCUCAGCCCUCCCUGCAGGCCGGCAUCCUGCAGUUCCAAUUCAUCAAGAGUGCCCUGACCGUCAACCCCUGCACGAGUAAUCAAGAGCAGGUGUUGCUCCACGGUGAAGACCGCCUCUACCUGACCUGUGGUGACCUCUCGCAGGUCCACAGCACCUCCGAACCGCACACACACCCACACUUGAACCCGCACGACGGCAGCCCGCUGCACCACCCCUCCGAACCCGACUCCCCUCUCUCUCAGGGACUCAGCACUUUACUGGGACACAAGCACUGGCACGUGGUCCAGAUUCACAGCACAUACCUAGAGAGCAACUGGCCUAUUCGGUUUGCAGCCAUAGACACGGCAGGCCAGUGCAUGGCUGUAGCGGGGAGGCGGGGCCUUGCACACUACUCCUUAUGCACAAGGAAAUGGAAGCUGUUUGGGAACGUCACUCAGGAGCAGAACAUGACGGUGACGGGAGGCCUGGCUUGGUGGAAGGACUUUGUGGUGGUUGCCUGUUACAAUUUUACUGACCAGCAAGAGCAGUUGAGGCUCUAUCAACGCUCAUCCAACCUGGACAAUGCCUUUGCAUCCGUCACCAAGCUGCACUCCGACACUCUGUUGCUCAACGUCUUCAGAGACAUGGUCAUCCUGUUCAGAGCUGACUGCUCCAUCUGCCUCUACAGCUUGGAGAGGAGGAACGACAGUCCACACCCAACAGCCAGCGUGGAGUUGUUGCAGGAGGUGUCAAUGUCUCGCUACAUCCCUCACCCGGCCCUCGUGGUGUCCGUCACACUCACCUCUGUGCGCACAGAAACUGGCAUCACAUUGAAAGCCCCGCAGCAGGCCUGCAUGGCAGAGAGCAUCAUGUUGAAUCUGGCUGGCCAGCUGAUCAUGCUGCAGAGGGACCGCUCAGGGCCGCAGGUACGGGAGAAGGAGACGCCCGCUAACAACAAGAAGCUGCUACCAUUUUGCCCCCCUGUGGUGCUGGCCCAAUGUGUGGAGAAUGUGUGGACCACCUGUCGCUCCAACAGGAAGAAGCGCCACCUGCUGGAGGCCCUGUGGUUGUCCUGCGGCGAGGCCGGCAUGAAAGUCUGGCUGCCGCUGUUCCCCCGGGACCAUCGCAAGCCACACUCAUUCCUCUCCAGGCGCAUCAUGCUGCCCUUCCACAUCAACAUCUACCCUCUGGCCGUGCUGUUCGAGGACGCCCUAGUCCUCGGGGCGACCAACGAGAGCGUGCUCUAUGACGGCCUGCAGGGGUCCUCUGAGCCGCUGGAGGCGCUGUUCCCAUACUGCACUGUGGAGAGGACCUCCCAAAUCUACCUCCAUCACAUCCUCCGGCAGCUGCUGGUUCGCAACUUGGGUGAACAGGCGCUGAUGCUGGCCCAGUCGUGCGCCUCCCUCCCCUACUUCCCUCACGUCAUGGAGCUGAUGGUGCACGUCGUGCUGGAGGAAGAGGCGACGUCGCGGGAGCCCAUCCCCGACCCUCUGCUGCCCACCGUGGCCAAGUUCAUCACAGAGUUCCCCCUCUUCCUCCAGACCAUCGUUCACUGCGCCAGGAAGACGGAGUACGCCCUGUGGAACUACCUGUUCGCCGCCGUGGGAAACCCCAAGGAUCUGUUUGAGGAGUGUCUCAUGGCUCAAGACCUGGACACAGCAGCUUCGUAUCUGAUCAUACUGCAGAACAUGGAGGUUCCCGCGGUGAGCAGACAACACGCCACUCUACUCUUCAACACGGCGCUUGAGCAUGGCAAGUGGGACCUUUGCCGGCACAUGAUCCGAUUCCUUAAAGCCAUUGGCUCUGGGGAGAUGGAGACUCCGCCCCCAACGCCCACCACUCAGGAACCCAGCUCAACUGGUGGAUUCGAGUUCUUCAGAAAUCGCAGCAUCAGUUUGUCACAGUCGGCAGACGGCAUCGCCACGGGCAAGUUCAACUUGCAGAAGACCUUCAGUAUGCCUUCUGGACCUUGUGUUAAAGGCCGGGACGCAGAGUGUGCCGAGAACAUGUACAUCGACAUGAUGCUGUGGCGCCACGCCCGCCACCUCCUGGAGCAGGUGCGCCUCCGCGACCUCGGCUGCUUCUCCGCACAGCUGGGCUUCGAACUCAUCGGCUGGCUGUGCCGCGAACGGAACCGGGUGGCUCGCGUCGAGGACUUUGUCUCCGCGCUGAAGAGGCUCCAUAAGGACUUUCUCUGGCCCUUCCCUGUGGUCCCUGGGGGGAGCAUCAGCUCGCCUCUGAAGAACGGACGCUGCCGCACGGUGCUGAGCACGCGGCUGUUGAAGUCGCAGUCGGCCGACAGCCUGUUGAACAGCGCCAUGGACACGGCCCCCCCCCAGGCGGCCUCCACCAGCCACACGUGGCUGGACGGCCUCGGGCAGACGUCCAAAGACAUGGACGCCGCCUCGUCGGCUCAUUCCAACCGACACUCGCCGCAGACACACGACGCCUUCCUCUCGCUGCUCACCAACAAAGUGGAAGAGUACAGCGUCGGCUCCGCCACCGACUUGACGGAGACCAGCUCGGUGGUGGACGGCGACUGGACGAUGGUCGACGAGAACUCCUCCACCCUGAGCCUGAGUCAGGCCGAGUUGGAGCACAUCUCCAUGCAGCUGGCCAACAAGGGCCCGCACAAGUCCCAGGUGCAGCUCAGGUAUCUCCUUCACGUGUUCAUGGAGGCCGGCUGUCUGGAGUGGUGUGUGGUGAUCGGUCUGAUCCUACGGGACGUCAACGUCAUCAAGCAGGUGAUCGGCUUCCUGGACAGCCCGGAGGUUCCGCCGGAGACCGUGCAGAGUGUCCGCGGCGGCUUAUUGGCUGUCGACGCGUGGGUCUCCGCCGACUGCCUCGGAUACAAACCCUUCCUGAACCUGAUCCAGCCGCAGCUCCAGGACCUGAUGGACGCGGCGGCUGAGCAGGUGCAGGCCGAGGCCUUCCAGCCCGGCGCCCAGAGCUCCAAGCUCGGCGCCUCCGAGGGGCCGGGAAGCGCGGCGGCGCCCCGAACGGAGGACGGCCGAGGGGCGGCGGCUCCGCCGGGCCUGGCCCCGCCCUCCCUCGAACCCGCCGGAAGUUUCCCCCGUCCCCCCUGCGAGGACGGUCCUCCCGAACAGACCGAGGAGCAGGGGGAGGACGAGGGCGCCUACGACUGCACCUUGUCCUGAAGCCCCGGAGCCUCCUCUGGACUCGAACCUUUGAACUCGAUGGAGAGAGGAAGAGGAGGAGGAGGAGGAGGAGGAAGCCGGGCCAGAUACGGGCCCAAAAUAAACAUUAUUGUGUGUCGCUGUGGGAGCCUGUGCGUGCAUGUGUGUGUGCGUGCGUG